GUAAGAGGUUAUUGUCACAUCUCGGGUUUUCGUCAUUCAGUAUUUAUUUAUCAAUUAUUAAUAAAAUAUAAAAUUGUCAGUGAUUGUAAUUAUUUUAUGGACAAAAAUGAAUUGUUGACAAUUCCUAUUUGCUUCAUUUUUAUCUUAUAUACUAGGUACGUAUUUGAAGUGAAAUAACUAAAUAAUUUUUAAAAUGAGUUGGAAUAUGUCAGAACCUUUUACAAGUAAUAAUGUGAUAAACAAUUUUCAGCAUAACAGUAAUGUAAGUGAAAUAAGCGGCUUUAUUGACUCUAUCGAGGGAACCAAGUAUGUUAAUGGGAAAAAUCAAUGGAGCAUAAUUAUUAAUAAUGAUCAAGGACGUCGUAUUAGGGUUGUUUUCUGGUCAGAUCUGGCGGUUAAAUAUUUCCAGAAAACAAAAUUUCAUUCGAUUAUGUUAUUUAAAGAUAUUUACUGUCAAAGAAGACCCCUCAAUCGGAGAAUAAAUCAGGAAAAUUUAUAUCAUUUACAAUUGAUUGUCAAGUUCUACACAACGGUGAAUAUUUUUUUCGAGAUGUUCAAGCCAGAUUUGAUUUCACAACAAGCAACCUUAAAGGAUGUUUUUCUCAGGCAACAUCAAAUACAACAUGUCCAGGGUUAUCUGCAAAAACACUUUACAUUAAGGAACAGUCCUCGUUACAGUUAUUGGUCAGGUAUUGUAAAUGAUCGUUACUCAUCAGUACGAGUACAUAUUUUGAAUCACAUGUUUCAUCUGGAUUUAAAAAUUGGCCAACUGAUUAGUUAUUUAGCUGAAUCGCAAUGUGAUCGAGAUGGUAAUUAUUUUUUAGCAGUAGUCGACACAAGAGACAUUCAAGUUUUUGAUGACAUAAUUACUGAAGAGAAGAUGCGAACAGAGGGUGGUUUGCUUCUGCCUGGUUAAUAAAGUGUAUAUCAAAUGCUGUACAUACAAAAAAUAAUGUUGUAUGCUUUAAUAUGCAUAUUUUUUUUCUUAUUAAAUGUCAUAAUUCCUUUUUUUUGCAUAAAAAUAAUUUAAAUCACGUCUAUU